AUGAGCAAGCCCAAUCCAUCCCCCUCGGCAACUGUUAUGACCCCUUCUUCAAGUUCCCAGUCGUUAAGAGGGCGCCCUAAGAGAUCUUCAUCCCAAAAUAUCGAUUACAAUUUGAAAAAGAUAAGGAAGAUUAUAACUAGUGAUUAUGACGAGCCAACACCCAAAUUGAAUAACAACAGUACGGAAAAUAAGCAAUUUGAGAACUCAGUCGAUGCCAACAAUGACAUUUUGAAUGUGGCAACAGGUCUCCCAUUGAAUAAAGGGCCCACAGACAAAAUUAAAAAGGAAAGAUUAUGGAAUUUUAAAAGAAUAACUUCUAGUGUUACUAAUGGCGAUAACAGUAACAAUAAAUUUGGUAUACUUAUGACAAAGCAGGAACAAGAUAAAGACUAUGACAAUAACGAUGAUUCCUUUGCAAGCAGCAUUGAAGCACGACUGUAUAUACCAAAUUUGAAAACCAAGGAAUCUAAAAAUUUAGUCAAACCAAGUAAUAUGAGGCAAACAGACAAAUUGCAGGAUGGUCAUGAGAUCCCAAAUGAUAUAACAAUUGAUAACUCUAAUAAACCAAUUUCUAAAAAUAUACAUAUCAAAUUUAAAGAGUCAAAUUUAAAUGAAAUGAAGAAAAGAUUAUUGGCAACUUCUAAUAGCACCCUUGACGCUCCAAAAUCGAUUAGAACAACAGAAGAAGAAGAAGAAGAAGAAGAAGAGAACAGUGAUGCUGAUAACAUACCCGACUUUGAUAAUGACGAUUUUUGUUCCGCAUGUUUACAAACUGGUUCGUUCCUGUGUUGCGAUACGUGUCCAAGAUCUUUCCACUUUCUAUGUUUAGAUCCACCAAUAGACCCUAAUCAUUUACCCGAAGGUGACUGGUCGUGUCCAAGCUGUACUUUCAACUCAAAGUACCAGGUCAAGCCACAUAAUACCAAUCAUAAUAACAGUAACACUAAUACCCACUUAAACGCAAAAUUGGUGAAACAAGACGAAUUAAACUUCUUGAAUGAUCUUUAUUCCAAGCAUAGUACAAAUCUAUUUGGCAAACUCUUAUUUCAAUCAGAGAGCUUUAAUCCAAAGCAAUUUUCCCUACCGAACUCCAUAAGGUCAAUUUUCAAAUCAACUAAAUCUGACGAAAAGGGCAAUUAUAUCGAUUCCAAUCUCCUGAAACUGCCACUUUCCAAUAAGCAAUUGUACGAAUCUGCAUAUGGUCAGAGUGUAACCAAAUUAGACUCUUAUUAUCCUGAAAAUCAUUAUGAUGAAAACAAUAAUUUGCUAAUCUGUUAUAAAUGUAAGACAACAAAAUUGGGAACAUGGGACAAUCCAGGUUCCUCACGACUGUUGAUCAAAUGUGAUUACUGCAAUACACCGUGGCACCUCGACUGUGUCCCAAAUGUACCAAGGGCAUCCUUAAAAAAUUUAGGUAACAAAUGGAAAUGUCCUCUACAUGCAUCUACAACUAAUGAUAGAAAUAGGAAUUUGAGCAAUCAAGAUAAUGAAUUCAAUGCUCUGCAAUCGUGUCAUUUUGAAAAUGACGGUAAUAUCGAAGUUCAGUUACUAGAUGAAAUCACUUCAAUCAGCAAGACUGUAGUGAAUGAUUUUGAAAAUGACAAAUUGCCCAUUUUAAAUGAAAAUUCUAUUAAAUUGGAUUUUUUAAAUAAAAUAUUCAAUUAUAAACAGAUUCAAAAGAUCCAUGAUUUUAAUUUACAAAAAAAUCUAAUCGAUAAAUUAACUAAUAUUCAAAAGCAUAAUGGUUCAAGAAAUGAGGAUACAAAGAACGCCGUGAAUAUUAAUGAUUUAUGUCAUUUACUUUAUUUCAAAAUUAGUAAUGAUCAAAACAGAGAAAUGAGAAAGCUGUGGGAUUUUAGUGAAUUAUGUAAUCUUGCAGGCAAUGAACUAAAAACCGAGAAGCCAGCCCUAAAAAGUCAAGAAUUUAACAAGAAGAUGAGUGAAAAUGUUUUAUUAGAGUCAAAUGAGCUGAGCCAAUUGUUGUUGAUUAAGCAUCUAAUUCAAUCAAAGCCAAAAGAUGAAGUCAUUAAAUUUUUUAAUUUAGAUGACGAACAUUCAUAA